GGCGCUGAUAAUGCACAUUUUAGAAAUUGGAGCAAAUAACCUCAAUUAGAGAAUAACCUUUUAUUGUCAAUAGUUAGCAUUGAGAGUUUUGUGACUUUGACAGCCGUGAUAUUGCGAAAUAUUUGCUGCAGAAAUUUUUGAAAUUUUUGCGAAUACUAAAAUAUUGAGAGAAUAUAAAAUAGGCAUUUAUAAAUAGAAAGAAGCAAAGGAAAAGUCUCGAGUUUGAUAUGUGUAAUAUAUGUACAUUCGACCCUUAGGCUAAAAUAAUUUAAUUACAAGAAAGAAAUGGCAGAAAAUAAUACCAUCAAGUCAAGAGACAGAGACAUGGACAUUAACGUGGAUAUCAGUCGUUAUUUAAACAGUGCGCCGCCUACGAUUUUCGAUGAGAUCAUCGCAUUUCAGAAGCCUGGUUUAUUCGAUGUACAAUCGGCUACUAUGAGUCGAGUCUGCGACUAUGAUCCUUUAUUCGAUAGUGGACAGACAAGCGCCUUUGACGCAGAUUCUCUGUGUACAUCCACGACUUCAUUGUUGGAUGCUACAGUUAAUCGGAUCGAGCAUAGCACAUUGAAUGAUGCCUAUAGAGACAUAUGGAUAUCAUCGGAACAUACUCGCAAGAUAUUACAAUCUAUUGCAACCACUGCAACUGGUACAAGCCACUUGGACCAUGAGAAUCUCACUAUGCCUGGACUGGCAGUACAGGGUGAUAUGCCCGAUUUAAUCAAAAAUGCCUCUAUCCACUUCCUAGGUGAGGACGAGAAUAUCCAUCGGAAUGUGCUUACAGCGUCUGACGUGACACAGGAUGAACGCGGUCUAAGAAAUCUGAUACAAGCUGGCUGCUAUCGAGCAGCGGUUAAUUUAUCUGGUAGAUUGCUGGCUAUCUAUGCUCAGGGCUAUGGCAAGAUUAAUCAACCCAGUAAGCACACACCUCAUUCUCUGCAGCUCUGGUAUACAAGACUGUCACUUUUGGCCAAAUUGCGGCAGAUGGAUGUACUGGAAAACGAGUCGAAGCCGUUCGGCAAUUUAGACAAACCUGAUAUGUAUUUCACUUUUUAUCCUGAAUUAUAUGGCACCAGACUAGGUUCCAUGGCAUCAUUUGCAUUUAGAUUAUUACUAGCAGAAAUUCCAUCUUACUAUGGUAAACCGAAACAAACAUUAGAAAAUUUGUACAAAUUAUUAGCGAUCGUUAAUCAAAUUGUAGCCAAUUUCCAAGCGGGUUUCAGUGAUGAGGGAAUGUUUGCAAAAAUCAGUGAAUCUGAUCAGCAAGAUGCUGUGAAACUAUGGACUGCCAGGAAAUCUAGAAUCUUGGUCUCCGUCAUCAAUUGCGCUAUUGGCAUGAGAAAUUACAUUCUCGCGAUAGAGAUACUAGAAGAUCUAUGCAAGUUACCUGAUUGGACUAUAGAACAGAUAGGUAUCUUAAGGUCAGCCAUAGGAAGGGUACAUUUGUUUCUUGGUGAUGUUACAGCAGCAGAAAAAUUUCUUGUCCGCAUUAAUAAGGAGGAAAAGGCAACAAGUGUCAGAGAGCUGGUUGAUAAUGGUUUAAUGGCAGUUGCGCAGAAUUCCUUUCAAGAAGCCUACAACUGCUUCCAAACUGCAUCGACGAUGGACCCGUCCAACGUAAUGUUGAUUAAUAAUAUGGCAGUGUGUUUGUUGUACACUGGUCAGCUGAAAGCAGCUGUGUGGUUAUUUGAGAGCAUUGUUAAUAGAAAUCCGUUAAGAAGUCUGCAAGAACCGAUUUUACUGAAUAUGUGUACGUCUUAUGAACUACAUACGACGCACUGUAAGCAACCGAAAUUACAUCUAUUGCGACAGCUAAAUAGAUACAAGGGUGAUGCUGCCGAUAUUCAGUGUUUAAAACUAGCGAUGUAAUAUUAGUCAUGAAUUAUCAUAUUGUUAACGUUAACACAUUGCGAUCCGAGCCCGUUAUUUUUACGAGUUAUAUAUUGUAGUUUAAUUUAUAAACAAAUGUAUAAAAAUACUACGAGGAUUCAACGCAAAUACUCACAGUGUCGUUUUUUUUAAACUUAAUCUAAAUUAUAAAUUCUAUCAGUUUUAUUAAAAAUUAUGUUUGUUAAAAAUUAGAAAAAAUUAACUAAAUUUAAUUCUGCAAUUUUUUAUUAGUUUUCUUAUGUUUGGAAAUGAGACCACCGAUACUUUGACUAAAUACUUUGACCACCGAUUACAAUUUUUGCUAUUAUUUUUUAGUUUAAUUGCUCAAGCUGUACUUUGGAUCGGAUCACAAAGCGUUAAGCCUCAGGGAAGAUGUAAAUGUGAUAUUAAUAAAAAUAAAAGUAUGUUUUGUUAUAUAUUCAGGCUCUGAACUUUUUUCUUUUUUUAUUCUCAUAUCACUAUUAAUAUAUAAUAUGUUAUUUACUAUGUCAUGUUCUACCAACGUACUUUGCCUUAUACUGCGGUCAAUUAUAUAUAAAAAGUAUGUGAUUGCGCGUCCCGAAUUUCCCUCCCAGGGUAAUCGAUCACAUAAAAAAUACAACAGCGGAGCAUCAAAGUAAAAUAGCCUUUAUUACAUCGUGAAACGAGGACAAUUUAACGAAUGUUCAACAAUUGCUAUAGUUUUCUCUCCACCUCACACUCUCUCCCUCGCUCUAUUUCUCUUUUCUUUUUUUGCUCUCGCACGUGCCACUGAACACGUGAUUUGCGC